GUAGGCCGUACGGCGGAAGUGGCGUAUGAACACAAGGCGCUCUGCUGCUGGCGCUGAGUUUAAAGAGUCCCGGGUGGAGGUCUGCAGGGAAAACAGCGACUUAAUGUGCAAUUCUUCAUAAAAUACUCAUUUUAAUCCGAGCCUCAGAUGUCGAGAGACAGCAUGCCCCUGCAGGAGCUGAGCCUGCAGACCUCCAUGUCGUCCCAGCCCAGGAGGAACAACAAGCGUAAAUCCAGGAGCCUUCUCUCCGAGGGCUUGGACACUGAAUGCACCCCCACAGACCUGAUCCAGCAGUGGUCCCCGAGCCACAAGCACCAGAGACUCCUCGACCAGGGGAAGGAGAACGAAGAAAACGUGUUUUUGUUGGGCAGGAGAUCGAGGAGGAAAAAGGGGCCCACAUCAGCUAUUUCAUGGGAUCACCUGCCAGAGGAGCUGCUUCUCAGGAUUUUCUUCUGCCUCCCUCUGCAGGACCUCCUCAGGAUGUCCAGGGUCUGCAAACGCUGGCACCGCUUAGCGUUUGAUGAGUCUCUGUGGACUAGUGUGGACCUGGAGGGUUUAACCAACAUGGAUUUAGCUCUGGAGCAGGUGCUGAAGACUGGAGUCCGUCGUCUGCGCUGCCCUCGAUCCUUCGUAGUAGAGAUCCAAUUCACAGUCCUUAGCCCUCUGCAGAUUGUUCAGCUGGAUCUGUCGAGCUCCAUCAUCCCCACGCCUGGUCUGGCGAGCAUCGUCUGUCACUGCACAGAGCUGGAGUAUCUGAGCCUGGAGGGUCUGCAGCUCUCUGACAGCAUCAUCAACGCUCUGUCCAAGAACACAAAUCUUCUGCAGCUGAAUGUGAGCGGCUGCUCCGGUUUCUCCUCCGCUCCUCUGGCCGACAUGUUGAAAUCCUGCAGCAGAAUAGAGCAGCUCAACAUCUCAUGGUGCGACUUCACCAACGAUCACGUGAAGAGCGUCGUAGAGAAUCUGAGCUCAGCUGUGACUCAGCUCAACAUCAGCGGCUACAGAGAGAGCCUUACACUGGGUGACAUACAGGUGCUGGUGAAGAGAUGCCGUGACAUCCACACCCUUGAUUUAAGUGACAGCACCCUGCUGAUGGCCGACUGUUUUCUCGUCCUCAAAGAGCUGAAGAACCUUCAACACCUCUCUCUGAGCCGCUGUUACCACAUCCACCUCGCCACGCUCUACGACCUGUCUCAGAUGUUCCCCUCACUGUCUCUGCUGGAGGUUUUCGGUCUCGUUCACGACAACCAGCUGUCGUCUCUAAAGAACGAGCUUCCUAACAUCAGCAUCAACUCCCGCCCGUUCUCCACCGUUGCCCGGCCCACGCCCGCCUGCAAAUCCAUCAUCCUUGGGGACCGCGCCAUGUGGAGCAGGAGGUGUCGUCUGAGGGUCAAACCGUGAGCCGUGGAGUGUUUCAGUGUUUGUUGCUGCUGCAGAUGAUGACGCUUUCUUUUUUUAAAUGUUGGCAGGCAGAAAGGUUACAAAAGGUCAUGUCAGCUUUUAGGGAAAUGUUGAAUUUAGAAACGUCAAAUGUGGAUGUUUGAAUCCGUUUUUUCUUGAAUUGUUAAUACUAACUUUUAGUGAAUUUUGAAUCUGUUCUGGGUUCUAAUGAUGUUAAUUUAAAAUAUUUUGUCAUGGAGACUCGGCUGUAUGCUGCCGUCUCUCAGGCGUCUGUGAAUGUUUGGAACAGCUGAUUUUGCUGACGUUUUAAUGAUUCUCAUGCUGUCGGCUGUAAUAAUGAGAGAACUGUGGUUUUGAUCAGUGAGAACGUUUUAAUGUGAAAUAAUAGAUCCAUCCAAACCAGCUGUGGAAUUUCCACAUUUGUUACACGGGACCAGGAUAUCUCUAAUGAACAUGUGACUGGAGUAUUGUUUUAUUAUGACUUCUGAUGUCAGUUAUUAUGUCAACAAAAUGUGGAUUCAUGUACUGUAAACUCAGUGCUCUUACAUUUCAAUCACAUCUCACGCGGACCAAAAUUUGAUGUUUUAACUUGUGAAAUGUUCAUUUUUCAGUAAAAAAACCUGAAAAUUAAAA